AUGGACAAAAAAGCGGAACAUCGUCUUAAGAUUUUAAAGGCAAAAAAAGAACAAUAUUUUGCUAACAUUCAACGGGUAUAUGAUUUUAGUAGGGAUGUUUCAACCCCAGAGAAAUUGAGUUAUUUUAAGAUGAGGUACACUAAUUACGAGGCAACCAAAGUUAAAUUGUUAGAAACAAUAGAAGAUAUAAACUUAUUAGAGUGCGAAUUAGACGAACACUUUGUUCCAAGUUUUAAAAUCAUUGAGACGAUUGAGGAAAUAGUAUGUUACAUUGAACAUGUUGCUCAAAAGAUUAAAAUUCAUAGUAGUUCUACUAGUAGUGCCCCCUCUACAAGAAGUGAAGAGCGGACUAACAGAAUUCGCAAACUACCCGAUAUUCCACUCCCAAAAUUCAGUGGAGAUUUAAAAGAGUGGCCUUUAUUUAUUGAAUGCUUCAAUAGCCUAAUUCACAACAACCCUGAAUUAAACGACGUUAAUCGGGCGCAUUAUUUACUCGGCUGUUUAAGUGAUACUGCACUAUCGGUAUGUUCUGGAAUAGCUCCUACAGGAGACAAUUACAGAAUCAUUCUUGCUGCGCUUGUUGACAAAUAUGAGGACAAACGUGCCAUAGCUAAUUCCUUAUUAGAACAAUUGUUUAUGUUUAAACAAAGUCCUACUGAAAAUGUUCAUACGUUAAACGCGUUCGUAGAUAAAUUCGAUCCUGCCGUUACAGCUUUGCGAAAAUUAGAUAUACCAGAUUUAGCCGACUACAUUUUAGCAUACUUAGCUUUUCAAAAACUAAAUCCCGAGACUCAACGUCUAUUCGAAAACACUAGGAGAAAAACGGAUAUGCCUUCCUAUAAGGACAUCAUUACUUUCAUAAAAGAACAAGCCAAAAUUUGUGCACGCACUAGCACCGUAGUAAAUAAAUUGGCAAGUAGUAGUAGUAGUUCAAAAGGUUAUCCCGUUCAAAGUAGUAACAGUAAUAGCAAAUCAAAAUCUACCCAUGUGUUUCUUGCGCAGAAGCCUACACCGGCUAAAUGUGCAUGUUGUAAAGGUACUCAUUACAUUUCCGCUUGCCCGCAGUUUUUGGAGAUUACGCCUGAAGAACGGUACCAAAUCGUGCGCGCAAACAGUUUAUGUUUAAACUGCUUAGGGUCUCAUAAAAUAAUGAAUUGUCAAAGUAAUUAUACUUGUAGAAGUUGUCAUCUUAAGCAUCACACCUUGUUACAUUUCAAAACUAACUCUCGUAGUAAAUCAGACCGUUCCACUUCAGGCACCCCUAUUGAUAACAGCUCUUCAACUUCAAAUAGGAAUAGUAGUAGCAGUCCAGAUAACGCUCAUGGUGAGUCGAAUUCUUCCUCAAUCAAUUGUUGCACAAUUACGUCAAAUACUAAUGGCUCUAAUAAUACAGUCCUACUCUCCACAGCAAAGGUCGAUGUUUUGGACGUGUUCGACAAUACUCAUGAAGCUCGUUUUUUAUUAGACAGUGGAAGUCACGCUAACUUUCUCUCUUUAGACUUUAGUCGUCGCUUGAAAUUACCCCUUGCCAAAUGUGACACUACAGUUCUUGGAAUUGGUUCGACUAGUAGCAGAGUACACGGAAGUGCGAGCGCAGUUAUAAUUUCCAAAAUUAAUACGCAUAAAAGAUAUUGUUUAGAUGUAUUAGUAGUAGAUCAAAUUACCAAUCAAAUGCCUCCAAUUUCCGUCGAUAUAAGUCGUUUUAAUUACUUAGUUUCAAUUCCCUUAGCUGAUACUGAAUUUCAUAUUCCUCGAAAGGUAGAUGGAAUAAUUGGAGCCAGUUUAUUUGCACAAUUGUUGGGCCGAGAGCGGAUUUCAGGCCCUCCCAAUACACCCUUAGCUAUAGAGACUCAGCUUGGAUUUGUUUUAAUGGGAGUUGCACCCACCAUAUCUCCUUGCACACAUAGUUUCUUUAUCGCUUUGGAACCUCCGUUGGAGACACUGGUACAACGAUUUUGGGAAGUAGAGGAUGUGCCCUCUUUAAAUUUAGUAAGUCCGGAGGACGUCAAGUGUGAACACCAUUUUCGAUCUACUUACAAAAGAGGAAGUGAUGGAAGAUAUACCGUGGCCUUGCCUUUUCAACUCAAUAGUUCUUUGUUAGGGGAUUCCUAUGCGGUAGCACUUCGUAGAUUUUUGGCCUUAGAACAAAAACUAGAUAGAGAUGGAGAUCUUAAAAUACAUUAUGCAAAUAUUAUUCGAGACUACCUAGCCCAAGGUCAUAUGUCAAAGGUUACGAACCACAUUUGCUCGGAACCGCAUUAUUUUAUUCCUCAUCACGCAAUCUUUAAACCUAAUUCUAGUACUACUCCGGUUCGAAUUGUUUUCGAUGCUUCGUGCAAAACUACCUCUCUUUAUUCUUUAAACGACCUUUUAUUUGUCGGUCCUAAGCUACAAGCGGAUGUUUGUACGAUGUUGUUGAAUUUUAGACUAUUUGCAAUAGCUCUUUCCGCGGACAUUCGCCAAAUGUAUAGGCAAAUUAACCUUUGCGAGAACGAUCGCAAAUAUCAAAAAAUACUUUGGAGAUUUUCGAGCCAAGAAUCAAUAGAAACCUAUCAACUAAACACAGUAUCGUUUGGUGUCAGAGCGUCCCCUUUUUUAGCCCUUAGGAUUGUUCGUCAACUAGCAGAGGAUGAAGAGUCAACUUUCCCCAUAGCUGCUGAAAUAGUGAAAAGAGAUAUGUAUGUUGAUGACCUCGUCACCAGCAUUCCAACCACGAGUUUAGCCAUGACCGCCUAUUCGCAAUUAAAGGAAUUAUUUGGUAGAGGUGGUUUUCAGUUAGUGAAAUGGGCAACAAAUUCUCCAACACUAAUAGAAAACAUCCCUGAAGAUGAUUGCAUUACUAAUCCUAUUGAUUUUGACAGCUCCAACUUUAAAGUUUUAGGUUUGCAGUGGAAUCCCAAGACUGAUUUCUUGUCAUUCUCUUUCGACAUUACCAAUAGACCUUGCACCAAACGCACUAUACUCUCCACCGUUGCACGGUGCUAUGACCCUUUAGGAUUUCUGGCUCCUGUGAUUUUGAACUUGAAACUCUUAAUCAAAGAAUGUUGGGUGCUCCAACUAGAUUGGGACGAACCAUGCCCUAACAGUAUAGCACAAAGAUGGCAGCUAAUUAACACCCAACUUUCUCAUCUUUUAGAAUUUGAAGUACCUCGGCAUAUUGGAGUUACGAACAAUCAGAGCGUAGCAUUGGUAGGAUUCGCAGAUGCAUGUCUAACAUCCUAUGGUGCGGUGGUGUACUUGCAAAGUAUUGCUAAUAAAAAUCAAAUUCACCUUCUUUGUGCGAAAACAAAGGUCUCGCCCAUAAAACUAGUCACUAUUCCACGGCUGGAACUUUGUGCGGCUCAUUUACUCGCCAGACUCCUGCAUUUUGUAAUCAAUUGUUAUCAAUCUCGUUUGAACAUUGCCAAAGUGUAUGCUUUCUCAGAUUCUACAGUUACUCUCAACUGGAUCGCUACAUGCCCAACCAAAUUGCCCAUGUUUGUUGCAAAUCGGGUGACUCAAAUUAACUCCUUAAUCGAUCCUUUAUCUUGGUAUCACAUUGAUGGUAAAAACAAUAUAAGCGAUUGCUUAUCUAGAGGUCUAACUCCCUUGCAAUUUAUCAGCCACGUUUCUUGGAAAAACGGUCCUGAUUGGAUGAGAUUAGACUUUUUGGAAUGGCCAAUUCGAAUUGUGCGCACUGAAGAUAAGGAAUCGGAGGAAACUAUCGCCUUACUGAUUCCUGCAAAAGAAGAAAAUCCAUUUUUUUCCUUAAUAGAGCGUUGUUCCAAAUGGAUCAAAUUAGUGCGUAGUGUUGUUUAUGUGCUUAGAUUUCUUAGACGGUUACCCUACAAUGUCAUCAUUUCCGCCUCCGACUUAAUGACUGCGAAGAUGAGACUUAUUCGUUUGAUUCAAUGUAAGUAUUUUUCAGUUGAACUUUCUUUACUAAAAAAAGGAAUUCAACCCAAAUCUUUUAGAUACCUUACCCCUUUUUUAGAUGGAAAUAUUAUUAGAGUAGGUGGUAGGCUUCGUAACGCCGACUGUUCUUUUGAUGUAAAACAUCCUAUUUUAUUACCGAAGAAAGACCGAUUCGUAGAUUUACUUAUCGAUCACUAUCACAGAUCCAACCUACAUACAGGACCACAUUUAGUUUUAACCUUGAUUAGGCAACGGUAUUGGAUACUCGCAGCACGUAGCGUUAUAAGAUUUAGAGUGCAGAAAUGUAACAUUUGCUUUCGGAUGAAACCCAAACCACAAUUUCCGGUUAUGGGAAACCUACCAAUAAGCCGAAUGCAAUCCCCUAAAGCCUUUUUCCAGACUGGUUGUGAUUACGCGGGCCCUGUAUCGAUUAUUCCAUAUCGGAAACGAGGAGUGCGUUCAAUCAAAGCCUAUAUUUGCUUGUUUGUAUGUCUGACGACUAAAGCGGUCCAUUUAGAAUUAGUUAGUAGCUUAUCCACGGAAAACUUUUUGCAAGCCUUCAAGCGAUUUAUUAGUAGGCGAGGAGUAGUUUCAGAAAUUAACUCCGACAACGGUACCAAUUUCAUUGGUGCAAGGACAUCCUUAGAUGAAUUGUAUAAAGUCAUAUAUUCUCCUGAAUAUAACAAAUCCAUAGGAAAUGAAUUAGCUAACCGUGGAAUACAAUGGAAACUAAUAGCUCCUGGAGCUCCUCACAUGGGAGGGUUGUGGGAAGCGGGCGUGCGAUCUGUCAAAAGUCAUCUAUACAAAAUCUUACGCGACCAAUUAUUAACUUACGAAGAGUUUAAUACUUUAUUAAUACAAAUUGAGUGCGUACUAAAUUCACGGCCUCUCUGUGUGCUAAGUUCAGAUCCUGCUGAUCCACUCUGUUUGACGCCUGCUCAUUUCUUAACCAUGGGCCCGAUAAACCACUUCCCCACCGUCGAUUAUACUAAUCAUAAUAUUAAUCGCUUAAACAGAUUUCAAUUACUUGAUCGUAUGAUACAAGACUUUUGGAAGAGGUGGCGUUUAGAAUGCCUUACUGAAAUGCAAACUCGAUAUCGCUGGAAUACUGAAACGAAUCCUAUUGAAAUAGGGACUGUUGUCCUAUUAAAUCAGCCAAAUGUUCCUCCAUUAUCUUGGCCUUUAGGCAUUAUAGAAAAAACUUACCCAGGAACUGACCAAGUGGUCAGAGUUCUCGAUGUUCGAACCAAAACUGGUAUUUACCGCCGGCCAGUAAUUAAGGUAUGUCCUUUACCCACGCAAUAA